AAUGUAGCGAGAAAAGCUGGUCAUACAGACUCAUACUCGUAAAUGAGCGGAUGUUUACAAAAGUUACACUUAAGGUGUCGCGAAUGCACCUGAGCGCUAGCUAAGGCGAGUCGCCGCUAUAUUAUAACACGGCGCGCGCAUAAUGUUUAGCUCGUAGGAAUCAAUUUUCGCAUUUGAAAAUUUUAAUUUGUUUGCGAACUCCAAGGGUUUUGAUAAAGAUUUAACACCGUAAUGCCAUUGUGGCAAAAUAACCCGCCAGGAAAUGCCGGUUAUAAUCCGGCUGCUGGCAAUGCGGAUUGGUUGUACGGAAACAAUGGGAACGGGAGAUCUGGAUUGAGGUUUAACAAUUUUGAUGCCAAUGAGACGACGCGGAAAUGGUCGUGGUUCUAUGAAUCGCCACGCGUAUCGUUCGAGCGCAACGGAUAUCCUCCACCUACAGCACGACGCAGUGCUCCAUGCCUUACUGGCGAGAACGUCGACAAGCAACAGUCUAGUAUCGACAGUGUUAACUGGGAAAAACGUAUGGUUAAACGGGUUGACCAGUACGGAAUGGAGGGGCGUGGGGGAUACGGUUAUACGACCUCUUCGGAAUUUUUAGCGCGGAAACCCAAUUUUCUUGCAGAAAUGCGCCAGUUUUGCAAUGCAGAAGAUUCUCAUGCCAGAGGAGAUCAUCCCAACAAAGAAUACAUAAAUAUCCACAAUGCUGAAACCAGCCAACCUGUGACGUAUGGGCAUCGUUUUGUCGGCUAUGGUUACCCCGGCAAGAAUGCUGCCAAGAAAACCAGUGAUUGACUACACUUUUUGAUUUUUUUGUUCUUUCUAUUCUUCGACAAAUCUUUAUGCUAUACUACUCUGCAGUUUAUAUAUAUUGCACAUGUAGAUACAAAUGCAACAAAGCCACGUCUUUGGGCGCCAAAUCCUUAUGUAUGAUUACAAGAGCUUCUUUUAUUUCCGUGCAACAAUCAUUGUCUUUCAUUUUGUUUUGCAAGUAAUGUUGGAAACUGAAAGUGCCGGGAGCGCCGCUUACGCAU